AAGGAGAAACAGGAAAGGGAGGAGGGGGAGAGAGGCUCUGGGUUGCUGCUGCUGCUGCUGCUGCUGCCGCUGCUGUGACUGUCUCUGUACACUCACCGGCAGGCUUGGAGCCGGCUCCCUCGCCCGCCUGCCAGCCUGGGAAAGUGGGUUACAGAGCGAAGGAGCUCAGCUCAUGCACUAGCAGAGGAGCGUCCAGCCACAGAGAGACCAAACAAGGACCCCUUCCUCUGGCUUUCUCUUCAGCUCUUCCAGAGGGCUUGCCAUUUGUACUCUCUCUUUUGAAAUUGUGUUGCUUUUACUUUUUCACCCUUCUGCCUGGGUUUUGUGAGAGCUUUGUUAAGUCUUAGAGGGAAAAGAGACUGAGCGAGGGAAAGAGAGAGGCAAAGUGGAAAGGACCACAAACUGGCAAAGCCCGCUCUGCGCUCGCUGUGGAUGAAAGCCCGGUGCUGGUGAAGCCUCUCCCGCGAGCAGCGCGCGCCCCUCCAGAGCACCCCACGGACCCGAACCUCGGCAGUGGCCACCAUGGUCGGGAGAGUUCAGCCAGAUCGGAAACAGUUGCCGCUGGUCCUACUGAGAUUGCUCUGCCUUCUUCCCACAGGACUGCCUGUUCGCAGCGUGGAUUUUAACCGAGGCACGGACAACAUCACCGUGAGGCAGGGGGACACAGCCAUCCUCAGGUGUGUUGUAGAAGACAAGAACUCAAAGGUGGCCUGGUUGAACCGUUCUGGCAUCAUUUUUGCUGGACAUGACAAGUGGUCUCUGGACCCACGGGUUGAGCUGGAGAAACGCCAUUCUCUGGAAUACAGCCUCCGAAUCCAGAAGGUGGAUGUCUAUGAUGAGGGUUCCUACACUUGCUCAGUUCAGACACAGCAUGAGCCCAAGACCUCCCAAGUUUACUUGAUCGUACAAGUCCCACCAAAGAUCUCCAACAUCUCCUCGGAUGUCACUGUGAAUGAGGGCAGCAACGUGACCCUGGUCUGCAUGGCCAAUGGUCGUCCUGAACCUGUUAUCACCUGGAGACAUCUCACACCAACUGGAAGGGAAUUUGAAGGAGAAGAAGAAUAUCUGGAGAUCCUCGGCAUCACCAGGGAGCAGUCAGGCAAAUAUGAGUGCAAAGCUGCCAACGAGGUCUCCUCGGCGGAUGUCAAACAAGUCAAGGUCACUGUGAACUAUCCUCCCACUAUCACAGAAUCCAAGAGUAAUGAAGCCACCACAGGACGACAAGCUUCACUCAAAUGUGAGGCCUCGGCAGUGCCUGCACCUGACUUCGAGUGGUACCGGGAUGACACUAGGAUAAACAGUGCCAAUGGCCUUGAGAUUAAGAGCACCGAAGGCCAGUCUUCCCUGACGGUGACCAAUGUCACUGAAGAGCACUAUGGCAACUACACCUGCGUGGCUGCCAACAAGCUGGGGGUCACCAAUGCCAGCCUAGUCCUUUUCAAACGUGUUUUACCCACAAUCCCCCACCCCAUUCAAGAAAUUGGUACCACCGUGCACUUCAAGCAAAAAGGACCUGGGUCGGUGAGAGGAAUAAAUGGAUCCAUCAGUCUGGCCGUACCACUGUGGCUGCUGGCAGCAUCUCUGCUCUGCCUUCUCAGCAAAUGUUAAUAGAAUAAAAAUUUAAAAAUAAUUUAAAAAACACACAAAAAUGCGUCACACAGAAUACAGAGAGAGAGAGAGAGAGAGAGAGAUGGGGGGAGACCGUUUAUUUCACAACUUUGUGUGUUUAUACAUGAAGGGGGAAAUAAGAAAAUGAAGAAAAUACAACAUUUAAAACAAUUUUACAGUCCAUCAUUAAAAAUUUAAAUAUCAUUCAGGAUGGAGAAGUUUCUACCAGGAUAUGUUUAUAUCUACUAAGCAAAUGUAUGCUGUGUAAAGACAACGUCAUACUAAAGACAUCCCGGAUGCUGUAAAAAUAAGACAAGAACCAGAUGGAUAUUAAGCCCCCAACACACACUUUAUCCUUCCUUCCUUCAUCCUUUUUCAUCUGUGGGGAAAAAAUAAGGUCUUGCCUUUGGUGUUUAUAUUUCCAUAACCUUUUAAUUCUGUUUUUCAUUUGAGCUGACUUGUAGCCACUUCAGACUAUCAAUGGAAUCUUAUGUUGAGCCGUUCUCUGGCUUUCCUUCCUCCGCUAUCUCUCCAACUUUAGACAUCAUCCCCUCUCCCUCCACUGUGUUCUCUCUCCCCCACACCCAUCCUAGAUAUCCCCUUAUUACCCACUUUUCCUCCCCCACCUCUCCUCACCCUCACCCCCUCCCCAGAGCACUAGUUAUGCCGCAAAUGCUAGGAAGUGCCAUUUUAAUUUUCUCCACUGUGCGUGCGUGCUCAAGUCUUUCGCUCUCACGUGGGUGUACAUGUGUGUGAGCGUGUGUGUGUCUCUCUCUAAAGCAUGCCAAGGGAAUGGUCCAUGUGUACAUAGACUCACUGUGCUGUAGAUACUGUCCUGCAUUGUAAUUGUGAGAUGCGGCUGUAACAAGUUGCUGGGGGAGAUGGCGGGGAAGGAGGCAAGGAGCAGAGUCCUCCCCCCAUCCAUGGCUGUCACAUGGCAUCAGUGUGUAUUCAAACCAAGCUGUGCCCCUUCCAAGGGCAGGACCCCAUAUUCCUCCUAGUCCCAUCAUCAGAACCGAGUGGGGAGUCACUCAGAAUAUCACUGUAAAUGAAAGUGCCUACUAUCGAUGGGGUAAGCAAACAGCAUAAGGAAUUAUGACAUGAACGAGGUGAACUAGGAGAGAAAAUUUCAGAUUUUACUCUCAUUUCAUGAGUCUGAGGGAUUCACAUAUUUCCUGGCUUUUAACAGGGUAGGCCCUGCUCUGCUGCAAAAAUGAGCAGCAUGUGUUGAGUAAAUCCCCAGAAACAGGAAGGUCUCCAAGUGUCAACUCCCAGUAAAAGAAUGAUGAACCACUUGGAGAUCCUAAGAUUAAACCUCCCUAAUCUUCAAAUAACACUGCAUUUGUCCCAUGAAUUCCCCUGAGCGAGAUUGUUUCCUAUUUCAGAUAAAAUACAGUAAAAGUGAGCAAGGCAGAAAAAGUCAACAGAUGCCCAGGCUCCUACUGUAUUCUGGAGAUACUGUCAGAGCACUAAUACAGAGCAUUGGCCAUAAUGAAGAGCAGUUCACUCCUCGUGCUCCUCUGCAGCUGUUCUUCCCAGUGUUCUAGGUUAAUAUUUUAUUUGGUUGCCCACAUGAUCCCCGUUCUGUUUCACCGAUGGUGUUUGCAGCACCACUCCUCAUGGUGGUCCACUGUCAUCCUAUGCCAGGCUGCUAGGAAUUGCAUUAUAGUCACCUUCCGUGUUCAUUUAAAUUUACAUCUAUGAGAGCCACCUUGACAUUAACACUGAAAUGUGAUCUAGGUCCUUAACCAAAAUUGCUGGGCAACUUGUAAUAAAUAUAGACAGAAAUUUUAUGAGUACCACAAAGCUUGGUGUUACCACAUCACCAGGAUUUCUUAGGAAAUGUCUUGUGGAGAAAGCUGGCUCUCUGCAUGUAGAUAUCUUUGUUAGAAAACCAACCAUUGCUCUCACUUACACAAUAGGAGGCAUUGAAAGUGGUUCUGUUCAUGAAAGGACAGAGGAUUAUUUAGAGAUUAUAUUUGAAUGUAAUCUUGCAGAGCCAAAUAUGGUACAUCAUUAAAUUGGAACCUUGUAAAUAGCUGUUACACUAUAUGGAAUGAGAAACUUUGGAACUGGAA